AUGGCGAAGGAAACUGAUCUGAAAAUUUAUUUUAUUUGUGAAAUAAUGGUAAAAUAUAGCACUGAUGAUAGCGAAGAAUUUUAUAACGAGCGUUUCGUGUGGGAUUGGCCAUUUUGCGAAGAUCGUUUAGCGAAGUGCUUCCUGACCAAAGAAAAAUUCUUCGCUUGUUUGCCCUUCAGCAGUGGUGGCACGGGAGAAUCAAGAGGAUCGACAAAGAAAUUUGAAAAUUUCUCAUCAUCAAAUACGAGUUGGUCAAUCGGAUUGUGUAACGAUGGUGAGUUCGGUACAUAUUUUUGGCGAAUCGAAAUUGAGAUUAUGCCACGGCUAAAUAUGCUUAUUUUAAAUGCUUGGAGAGAUGUAACAAGAUCAAAUGACAAAGGUAAAAGGCUUCGCCGUAUUCGCAAAGUAUAUCGUUUGCCAUACCAUUACGACGUUUCAACUCUAAAAACAUAUAAUUAUGAUUGGGCAUUUUGCAUUGAAGCAUCAAGGAAAGUGGAUGCACGGAAUCGUCCGAUACCUAUUAAACGAUCCGCAAGCAUAUUUUGA